AUGAAAUGGGGAACAUACAAGACCUUGUUUAUUAAAGAAGAACAUGGUAAACUCAUGAUAGCCCAAAUAUAUGUUGAUGACAUUAUGUCUGGAGGGAUGCCGAACCAGAUGGUUCAACAUUUUUUCAAGCAGAUGCAAUCUGAAUUUGAGAUGAGUCAUGUUGGUGAAUUAACCUAUUUUCUUGGUCUUCAAGUUAAACAAAUGGAUGAUACUAUCUUCAUUUCUCAAAGAAAGUAUGUUGAUAAUAUAGUGAAGAAGUUUGGCAUAGAAAGUGUUAGUCACAAAAGGACACCUGAAGCAACUCACUUGAAAUUAACUAAGGAUGAAAAAGGUGUUGAUAUGGAUCAAAGUUUGUACAAGAGUAUGAUUGAUACUCUUUUGUAUCUUACAGCUAGCAGGCCAGACAUCACCUUUGUUGUAGGAGUAUGUGCUAGAUAUCAUGUUGAGCCUAAAAUUAGUCACAUUAAUAAAGUAAAGAGGAUCUUGAAAUACAUCAAUGGUAAAGAAGUUACCAGUGAAGAAGAUGCCAAUGAAGAUGAUAAUGGUGCAAGUGUUGAUGAAGAGACAACCAACCGUGAUAAAAACUGA